AUGAGAGCUCUGGUACCACUUUGUUGGGUAUUAGAGCAGAAAAAGGUAGAGCAAGAUUCCACAAAUCAUGCUUCUCAACACCAUGACCUGGAAUUGUUCACGGAUAAUUUUAGUCAUUAUAACAAUCACAUUGCCAAGGCCCAAUACUGCGAACUGUAUCAUGGAAGGAUUCCUCAAGAUUGGAAAGGGUUUGAAGCCCGUGAUGUUACGGUUAAGGUGUGGGUAAAAGCUGCUGAAAUGAAUUUUAAGUAUCGGGUGGAAGCUUUGUAUCAAGAUCUUCUCGGGAAUUUUAAUCACUACGAGAUAACUCUUCUGAAGCAUCAUAAUUCGACCACUUCCAACUUGCCAGUGUUGAUGGCAUUUUGUCAGGUUGAUGAAAAGGAGAUGCUGGGCGUUGUUUAUGAUCUUAAGUCCAUGAAUACACUUCGCAACUUUGUUGAUAAAGGAGAGUUUAAAUGGCUUGACAGAAUCAAAGUAGCUGUUCGACUUGCUCAUCUUCUGGAACUUUUGCAUGGUUAUCAGCCUACAUAUUUGGUCCGUGAUCUUUCAGCAGCCCACAUCAUGCUUGACCAGGAUUUGAACCCUGUCUUGUUCAAUUUUUUCAUGCUGACUGGUGGAGUUAUUGGUGAGAAGAAGGAUGACACGCCGUUUCAACAGAAUCGUACUCUUUUUGGAUCUUAUGGCUACAUUGAUUUUGCUUAUGUUAUGACAGGCUAUUCGAUAUCAAAUCAGAAGUUGUCUUCUUCCCUCCAUGCAAAAGCUGGUUUUCAUGCAAAUCUGGAAAAGGCUAGGUGUUUUGAGGAUCUGUUGAAUUAA